AUUUGCUAACCGAGAUGCAAGGUCGAGUGGUUUCACUGCGCUUUGUACGAACCGAUAAUUUGAAUAGAUUUUUCAUAGUUUCGUGUCCGAAUCCAAAGAAAAUCACUUGAAAUUAUAGUUAAUACUUAUUCUGUUUUAUUAUAUCAGCAAUAUUCUUAUGCAAAAAUACAUAUAACGUGCGCGAAAUUCCCAAGCGAUAAAAUUUGGAAAUUUUUAAUUUCAAAUCUAAUGAGAAGUUAGUUGUAUGUUUAAUUCAAAAAUAAGUGAUUUACAAUGUAUCGAUAAUUCUUUUAUGAUAUAUCGAUAAUGUCGAUUAUACUCGACUUAUCGAUUAUACCCAACGAUUUUAGUAUCGUUUCGAUUCAAAACUUUGGCACUAAUUCUCGUUUAAACGGUGCUGCUAUUGGCAGACUGACGCGUGGGACAUAACUAUUUAUUAGAGAUUGGAGAUUAGUGCUGCUGUUGAAAGUUUAUCAUGGCUAGAUGCACGAUGGAGAUGGUGUACAACAUUCUUGGAAUUGACAGAGUAAAUAUGGAUGGCAAAAUGGUUUUGAUCGAGGAGCAACAUGGUACCAACGCAAACUUUUUGGUGAACGCCGUAUUGUCAGACGCGUUGAAGAAGGGGAAUGCUGCUUGUCUCGUUCAUUGUCACAAUACUUUUGGUCACUAUCAUAAUGUCGGUAUAAGAUUUGGUUAUAAUCUUUUGUCACUGAAAGCAAAGGGUCAGGUUACUGUUGUGGAGCCAAUGAAAAUUGUAGCUAGUAAUGUUGUUGAUAUAUGUAAAAAUUCUAUAGAUAAUGAAAAAAUAAUUGCGGAUAUUAUUUCUCGUGAACAUAUAGAUAUUGCGCAUAGACUUUUUACAUGUAUCAGAGAACGGUACGAAGAAGCAGCUAAAUUUAAUGCAUCUGUAGUUCUUGUGAUCGAUGAUAUAAGUCAUCUUCUUGAUUUAGGCCUUAGUGUACGUGAUAUUAUGUAUUUAAUAAGAUAUUUAAGGUCGUUUAUGGCAUCAUAUAGUAAAUCACAGCUUUGUAUUCUUACACAUACUUAUCAAGAAGAUCCAAAGAUCUCAGAUGCAGACAUGGUUGCUAAUUGCUUGAAGCAUAUGGCACAUUUAUGUGUCACAACUGAACCACUUAUAACAGGUUAUUCUGGUGAUGCAUCUGGUAGAUUAACUAUUUGUUGGAGAAUAGAUAGCAUUAGGUCAAAAUAUCAUUGGGCGGAGAAAAUGACGUAUUUAUUUAAGCUGUUAGAUUGGCAAGUAAAAGUCUAUGCACCUGGUGAAACGUCUGUUUUAUCAUAAACAAUUUAAUAAAAUAAUUGUAUAAGUGUAUUGUAAUUUUUGCAUAUGAUUUUUAUAUUGUAGUUUUGUAUGUAUAUAAUUAAGGACAUAUACAAAGAAUUUAUCAUAAUUUAACAUAAAAUAAUUUGUACUUAUUUUAUGUCAACUUAUGGUAAAUGUAUUAUUCUAUUUGUGCGCUAAGGAUGUUUUGUUAUUAGUGAAUAAACCUUUUGGUUGACUCUU